AUGGCAAGUAGACCAAGACACAAUGACACAACUCUCGAAGCUAUUAGGAAUAUGGUGGACACUACCACCCAAUUAGUAGCUAAAAUGAGAAAAAGAAAUGCUAGAAAUGAGCCAAGUGCAUUGGCUGAAUUUCAACGAAACCACCCACCUGUGUUUAAGAGAGGUUAUGACCCUGAUGGAGCAAAGUUGUGGCUCCAGAAGCUGGAGAAAAUAUUUACUAUUAUGGAAUGCCCUAAUAUGCAGAAGGUUACAUUGUCUGUUUUUAUGUUGGAAGGAGAGGUUGAGAACUGGUGGCACGGAACUCAACAAUUGAUGAUGGUGGCAGGGGAGGUAGUAACAUGGGAAGCUUUUCAGAGGAAGUUUUUGGAAAAGUAUUUUCCAGAAAAUGUCAGGAGGGCAAAAGAGACAGAAUUCAUGUACCUUAGACAGGGAAAUAUGACUGUAGGUGAGUAUGCUGCUAAAUUUGAGGCAUUAUCUGAGUAUGCUACAUAUUAUCAGCAUCACCCUGACGCUCAGUGGAAGUGCCAAAAAUUUGAGGUAUAA